CCACGCGUCGGCUGCGCAGCUGAUGCCGGGGGAGCCAUUUCUGCAAACGCGGGGAGGAGGCGCCGGCUGCGGGGAGCAUGUUGCGCGCCCCGUGGCUCCCGUUCGGCGGCUGCGUGAGACCCGCCGCUUCGCAGGGGCUGGGGCUGAAGCGCUGGAGGGGAAGGCAGAGCGUUGCCGCGGCCGCCGGAGGCAACGCUCUCCGGAGGAGGUGGCGCUCUGAUGUUGCAGAGGGCGGGACGAAGUGGCUCAAGCCCGCGGGCCGGGACUCGGGCAUCCAGAUCUACAACAGCCUGAGCAGAAGGAAAGAGCCGCUCGUCCUGGGCAACGCGGACGUGGUGACUUGGUACAGCUGUGGUCCAACGGUGUAUGACCAUGCACACCUUGGUCACGCUUGCUCUUAUGUUAAAUUUGAUAUUAUUCGAAGGAUAAUAACCAAGAUAUUUGGAAAGGAAGUAGUCAUGGUGAUGGGAAUAACAGACAUAGAUGAUAAAAUAAUUAAAAGAGCCAGUGAGAUCAAUAUAUCACCAGUGACUCUUGCCCGCUUCUAUGAGGAAGACUUUAAGAGAGACAUGAAGGCGUUAAAGGUUCUUCCUCCUACAAUAUCUGUGAGGGUGACUGAAAAUAUUCCUCAGAUCAUUGCUUUCAUACAGCAGAUUGUUAACAGUGGCCAUGGUUAUGCAACCUCCAAAGGUAAUGUUUAUUUUGACAUCUGCUCUUGGGGAGACAGAUAUGGAAAACUCAAACAUAUUUACGUUGAUGCAGAGGAAGAACCAGUUGACAGUGAUAAACAUCAUGCAAAGGAUUUUGCUCUUUGGAAGGCAGCCAAGCCUGAAGAAAUUUGCUGGGAUUCUCCCUGGGGAAAAGGAAGACCUGGUUGGCACAUCGAGUGUUCUACUAUCUCCAGUCUUGUCUUUGGACAACACCUGGAUAUCCAUACUGGUGGAAUAGAUCUUGCAUUUCCCCAUCACGAAAAUGAAAUUGCGCAGUGUGAAGCUUACCAUCAGUGCCAGCAGUGGGGGAACUAUUUUCUACAUUCUGGACAUCUGCAUGUUAAAGGGAGUGUGAAAAUGUCAAAAUCUCUUAAGAACUACAUUACAAUUAAGGAUUUCCUGAAGAAGUCUUCGUCUGAUCAGUUUAGAAUGUUUUGCUUGCGAAGUGGAUACAAAUCAGCUGUAGAAUAUACUGAUGAAAGCAUGAGCGAUGCAAAGAACAUCCUUCAGAUCAUCUCUUCUUUUAUGAGCAGUGCGAAUGCCUACAUGAAAGGGCAACUCACCUGUGAUGUCGUUAGGGAAGAUGUACUGUGGGAAAGGCUGUCCCAUACUAAAGAAGUGAUAAAAGCUGCCUGUGCUGAUGACUUUGACACCCCCAGGGCUGUUGGUGCAAUUAUGGACCUCAUUCACCAUGGCAACAGACAGCUUAAGGCCGUCACUAAGGAAGCGGCGUCUCCUAGAAGUGCUGUAGUGUUUGGAGCCAUCAUCUCCUACAUACAGGAAUUUCUUAACACAACGGGAAUCACCCUUGAUGAAACACAGGUUGCUCCAGAACACGGGCAUUCAGCCAUGCUGUCCAGCGUGAUCGAUGAACUAGUGAGCUUCCGGAUACAAGUGCGUGAUUUUGCUCUUGCUACAGCUGAAGCUACAGACAAGCCUGCUGAAGGCGUUGUCUCCUCAAAAGAAGCAAAACAACAACAGGAGAAGAGGCGCCAGCUGUUACAGGAGAGGGAACCUCUUCUGCAAGCAUGUGACCGCCUGCGCCAAGACCUAGCUGUAUAUGGUAUCAACAUAAAGGACAGAAGUACGACUUCUACAUGGGAACUUGGAGAGCCCAUUAAAGAACUGGAGAAGAGCUGAUGCAAAUAUGGACCACAAUUGGACUGAUGGAUACUGUGAGGGUACCAAGAGAUUCAAAAUAGCUAAUGCCUUGAAUUACUAGAUUGCCGUAUCAAG